CAAGCUCUGAAGCUUUUUCAAAGGAUGCACCGAGAAGGGAGGCAGCUGACUAAAUUUACUUUGUCCAGCACAAUCUGUGCAUGUGCUGCAAAAUAUGCUAUCAAUGAAUGCAAGCAAUUACACGCCAUUGCAAUCAAGCUUGCAUUGGACGCAAACAGCUUUGUUGGGACAGCAAUUCUAGAUGUUUAUGCAAAAUGUAACAUGAUUAAGGAUGCCUGCUGGGUUUUCGAGAAGAUGCCUGAUAAAACUUUAGUUACAUGGAGUUCAUUGUUUGCAGGAUAUGUGCAGAAUGGCCUUCACGAAGAAGCAUUAUGUUUAUUUCGGAAUGCGCAAAGGGAAGGAGUAAAAUUGAGUGAAUUCACUCUCUCUGCUAUCAUUAGCGCAUGUGCAAGCUUAGCAUUGAAAAUUGAAGGGACACAACUGCAUGCAGUUAUUGUGAAAUGUGGUUUUCAUGGGAACUUCUUUGUGGCAGCAUCUCUUGUGGAUGUGUAUGCAAGGUGUGGCCAGAUUGAAAAAUCUUACGCACUAUUUGCUUAUAUGGAACAGAAGAAUGUUGUCAUAUGGAAUGCAAUGAUUGCUGGUUUUUCGAGGCAUGCCCAUUCUUGGGAAGCUAUGAUUCUCUUUGAGAAAAUGCACCAGUUAGGUAUUUUUCCGAACGAAGUUACCUAUCUCUCCAUGUUGUCAGUGUGCAGUCAUGCAGGUUUAGUUGAAGAGGGUCGCCACUACUUUAACCUGCUAAUGUCUGAUCAGACUGUUGAACCUAAUGCCCUUCACUAUUCUUGCAUGGUUGAUGUUCUGGGUCGAUCUGGGAAGACUGAUGAGGCCUGGGAAUUGAUUCACAAAAUGCCAUUUGAACCAACUGCUUCUAUGUGGGGAUCUUUGCUAGGGUCAUGCAGGAACCACAACAAUAGUGGGUUAGCCAGAAUAGCUGCGGAACAGCUUUUCCAACUUGAGCCUGACAAUGGAGGGAACCAUGUUUUGCUCUCAAAUGUAUAUGCUGCCAGUGGGAACUGGGAGAAUGUUCUAAUGACAAGGAAAUAUUUGAAGGAUAGUGGUGCAAAGAAAGAAAUUGGCAGGAGUUGGAUUGAAGCAAAGGGCAAAAUCCAUGUCUUUGUUGUUGGAGAGAGAAAGCACCCAGCAAUCACUGAUAUCUACAAUAAGUUGGAGGAAAUUUAUCACGAUAUGAGAAAGUUUGCUCACAUGACCAAAAUAGAAUGCGAUCUGCAUGAUGUUCAUGACGACCAAAAAGAGGAGCUGCUUAAACACCAUAGUGAGAAGUUAGCACUUGCUUUUGGGUUAAUCAGCUUGCCUCCUAAUAUACCAAUUAUAAUACACAAGAACCUUAGGAUAUGCGGGGACUGUCAUUCAUUCAUGAAGGUUGCAACCCAUAUUACUGAACGUCUAUUCAUUGUCAGAGAUGUCAAUAGAUUUCACCAUUUUAAGGAUGGCUCAUGUUCUUGUGGGGACUUUUGGUGAUGUAGGGCUGAAUUGGAAGAUGGCAGUCAACUACCAGUGGCACUCUAUUCAUGUAGCAAAUUAUUGCCUGUCAGUAGUGGCACUACAACACUAAUGAUCUAUGUCAGGACUGAUCUUGGUAGCUUUGCCAUUCAAGUCAAUAACGCCAUGCUGCUGACUCCAUUGAAUCUAGUAUCAACACUAUCGUCUGAUAUGCGCAUAAGAAAUGGAAGCAGAUGCAAGUCCUUGGUUAACUGAAUAGACUGUCACCAAGAAAGCUGUAUCUUGUGGAUGACGAGCCACAUAAUUUUCUGUGGUCCAACAAAGAUAUACAUAGGAAGUCGAUGCAAGAUUUGUUCUUACAGAAAUAGACAUGGGAAGUGGAUUUCUUCUCAGAUCACUUGCUGAAUUCAGUGCGUGAAGAAGUCUGCUAUGCUACUUACUUGAAAUAUGACUCCAGAGGAAGCUGAAAAGGUGUGCCGUAUAUCUUCGUUUAUGUAUGCAUGGAUGCGAGAGCAUGCCUGGAAGGGAUUCGUCUUUAUGCGGUCUGGUCGCGACUACCUGUUAUCAUGGUCAGCGACAGCGAUUUUACCUCUGUUAUUCAGGCCUUAGCAGGCAAUGAGCAUUGCAUUUCUAGAUUGUGUGCCAUAUUCAGUGAAAUUCAGAGAGAGGCUGAAACAUUAACUGGCUGCAAGUUUGUGUUAGCCAAAAGAGAGCAAAUCGAGCAGUUCAGGAGACAGCGGCCUUUGUCCGCCAAACAGGAGUCAUUGGUAUUUGGGAGUCUGUUUUACCAGAGAUAAUAGCCCAUGAAAUUGACACUGAUUAUAAUGGCCAAUUUCAAAUGAACACAUAAACUCUGUUUUCCCGGACAUAAUAGCCUCAUGAAAAUGACACUGAUUGUAAUUCCCAUGAAAGUGUGGUGUGAGCCUGUUCUUGCAAAAACAAAGUAACCCUUCUUCAGGUAAUGACAAUAGCAUUAUUUUAGUCCCAUGCAUGCUUCAUUUUGAACAAUUACUGCUACAUAAUUAGACAUGAUUUGUAAGCCCUGGCAUCUCUAAUGUUGCCAAUUUCAAAGUGGGAGAUAUGUUUCUUCCUUAAUUUACAUAUACUACUCACUGACACUAGGUAUUUUUUUAUUUGUCUAUUUUAAAUUGCCUUCACUCUGUUCUAUCCUUUGGGGCCUUUGUAGUUAUUUUCCCUUCUUUUUGUGAUUGAAACUAUUGUAAAAUUAGGAUUACUCUCUGGAGCAGGACCGCUUUGCGAUUCAACGGACAUACCUUAAACUUUCUAGGUCGGCUAGAGUCGUCUUUGUUGGAAUUGCAGGAGACUGCACUAACCCCUUUGGGUGGUAGCUCAACUAGGGAUUUACCUUAAGCACUCAAUUCACGUAUAGAUCUUGGUUUGCUGCUGAAGCCAUAAUCACUUUUCCUGCUAUAGGUUCUAUUUUGUUGUCUGGAUAUGUUGUUUGCACAUAUGGUGUAGCCUGACGGCGUUGUCUGCAUAUCAUUUUUUUUAUAUGCUUGCAGUAAUAUUAGUAAAAAUAUGUGAUAUGUAGGUUCUAGCACAGAGUAAAUAUCUUAUCAUGGCUGUGAUAUUAGUGUGAUCCAUUUUUUAUUUAUGUAAUCGUGAAUAGGAAUAUUAGUUGCUGUGAUAUUAUUUUCUAUGAUUUCUGGAAGAUAUAUAUUUUGCCUAGGUAUGGAAAUAAAUUAUUAUUCCAAAUGACCCACCAAAUGUAUGAUCUCAGCAACUUUUCCUUUAUAUGUCAGUUAAUGUGCUAUUGUACUUUGUUGUGAACAUAAUACUUAUAUCCUUAUAUUUAUGUGUAUAUAUUCUUGGUUAUGGCUGUUUUGUCUCAGGCUAUAGGGAGCCAUCGUUCUUACCAAAACACUCCUUCCCUUCACAAAUAUAAGAUGUUUUUACUUUUUUCUGGAUCGGAUGUAUAUAGACACAUUUUAGUGUGUUUGUUCACCCAUUUCAAUCCAUAUGUACUCCAUAUUAAAAUAUCCAAAACAUGUUAUAUUUGUGAAUGGAGGGAAUAACUUUGAUUAGAAUUGUCCAUGCUUAAUUCGGUGCUAUAAUUUUGGUAAGAAUAUGUUCUUUAGUCUGUUUGAUUUAUGUUUUGAACUAAACUGGACAGCCAAUUUGUGCACAUAGAUUUGGGCACCACUACUAUUUGACUUGGUUUUGGUGCUAUGUUGGGCACAAACCAAACAGGCCAAACCCUCCUAAAUCGAAAUGAAACUUCAGCUUUAGGACCUGUUUGGGAUGGUGAUAUAUUUUUCUGUGGGCAUCGUUGUUUUUUGAAUGGUGGUAUUUUUCCAAACAGGCCUUUAUCUGUACAAUUUUACAUGGGUAAUGUGAUUAGUUCGUAGUACUAAUUAGUUACUAUUCCCUCUGUACACAAAUUUAAACUGCAAAAACGUCUUACAUUUGUUUAUAGAGGGAGUACUUCCUUCGAUAAUUUCGUUCUUUUCAAUUCAAUUAAGGGAAUCUCUUUUUCUUGGUAUGCGUGAAGUAGACAAAGUAAGGGUCCACUUUACCAUUAUGGCAAUCACAUGGCCCUUUUGUACUAAUGUUAAGAUAAGCUAUUUGGUGUUCAAAGGCGUUAAUCAUGCAGCCCUGGAGUGCCCCGGAUAAGGUUCAUUGCCAUUAGAGAAAGCCCCGCUGCACAUGGCUCCUGUUCUUUUUUCUCGAACACACACCAAAGUGCAUGUCAUUUUGUAUUAGAACAUGGCUCCUGCUCUUGCUAGCAGACAGGAAAUUUUGGUGCUUGAUACGGUAUUGCUGCGAGUUCCAUUCAGAUGAAUCUCAUGCCUGCAUCUCACUAAUUUUUUUCACUGAACCAGGUCAGUAUUUCAGCACCGUGCUCAAUACUCUAAUCCGUACUGCAUUUUGCAAUUAUAGACAUGUGUAUCUCUCAGCCUACUUGCAGUUGGGCAGUCUGCAUACUAAGAUGUGCUCUUGCACCAAAUUAGGUGAGCAUGGUAACACAGGGUUUAUUUACUUAGCUAUCUUUUUUUUUUAGCUUUGGUGUGUUCCACAGCUGGACACGAGUCCAAAUAUUGUUUUACAGCUAGCUACUGUUUGACCCUAACUAAGAGCUGAUAGCGCCAUGUCUGUUGAGUUAGGCCAUGUUUCUCCAGGCAUCUUCUACUUUCAAUAAUUGGCAGGGCCGGCCGGAACAAUAAUCUCUAGUUUGCCUCGUACGUACAGGCCUUUCUAACAUAGGCAACAAAAGCAGGAGACAGAUCUCCGAUUUUCCUUUUGAUACGUGUUGCCGGGAAUCUUGUUGAUUAUUGGAGCCUAGUGGCCUUUUGUGUCUGGAACUUGCCUCUCAGGCCAUCAUCUUAGCCAUCCUUUUCCUUUGCAUCCUAUUAGGGCAGAUUGAGACCACUUGCACACCUCAAACUUCUGCCGGGCCUUUCCUUCCCGAGGGAUCAAAAAGGUUGAUACCGGCUAUUAAUAGAAUAGUAAAAGAUCGGGACAUGGACAUCCCCGGGUGUCGGCAUCACCUAUGGCACAUCACUUCUUUAACGAUCCUUUGGCAUCUGUCAAUCUUGGCCAUAACGUUACCCUUCCUAUUGUUUAGAGACUCUGAGAACUGCAUUGCAUCGCACGUACACUCGCUGAUUGUUUAUCUU